GGUUGAUACCGCCCUUUUUACGUGACGUCAAUUCAGCGCGACACCCGGUUGUCUUCUACCAUGGCUUCGAGAUUAGAAAUCAAUUUCGUCAGGUUAUUGUCUCGCUGUGAGUCAAUAGCUUCGGAAAAACGAGGCGAGGCUGAAUGGAGGCUGGAGAAGUAUGUUGGUGCGUUGGAGGAGAUGUUGGUGGCUCUGAGGAAAAGCAUUAGCAAACCCACACCAGAAGUGCUGACUGAAUACACAAGGAAAGUGGAUUUUCUGAAAGGCCUUCUCGAAGCAGAGAAGCUGUCGUCACCAACUGAAAAGGCUCUCGCUAAUCAGUUCCUCGCCCCAGGCCGAACACCCACUAUCGCCAACGAGAGGAUGGCCGCCACGAAAACUGUUCACAUGCAGACCAAAGCCCGAUUUACGGAGGAGAUGAGGGAUGAGCUGCUUGGCAAGGGAUUUUCAGACAAAGAAACAGACUUGCGAAACAGAAGAGGUGUGCCUUUGGACGAGCGCCAGUCGGCCACAGAGCUGGACGCCAUCUUGCAGCACCAGCACAACCUCCAGGAGAAGAUCGCGGAGGACAUGCUCAACCUGGCCAGGAACUUAAAAAACAACACGCUGGCUGCACAGAGCAUCAUCAAGCAGGACAAUCAGACUUUGGGCCAGUCGAUGCAUCAAGCCGACCUGAACUUUGAGAAGCUGAAGACAGAGUCAGAGCGUCUGGAACAGCACACCAAGAAGUCGGUCAACUGGCUGCUUUGGCUCAUGCUCAUCCUGGUCUCCUUCACCUUCAUCAGCAUGAUACUCUUCAUCAGAAUCUUCCCCAGGCUCAGAUGAUGAAGUGUCUUCCCCCCUCAAAGACUUCAAAAUUCUCCACAGAUCUGGAUGGGUGAUUCAAUGCAAUAUCACAUCAGGUCAAACAAUCCCCUUAGGUGGACUGCAGCUCGUCUAGCCACUUCCAGCAUCAUGUACAAACAAGUGUCUACAUAAUGUGACAAAAGUGUCUUUUUCAACAGUUGUUUUCCGCCUCACACAAACACCUGAUUCCAUGAAGUAAUCUGCAAUCCGGUGUGGUUUGAAGUUGAAUUUACUAUACUCCUUCAACGUCCUUAACUGGAGUAUUUGCAUGGAAAUUCACUCACCUCAAUCCAUGAGGUACAACAGCAGAAUAAGAUCGAAAACAAGACAAGUAUCCAUGUCCACUAUAAUAAUCCUCAAUUCAUGCAGCACAGAGGCUUGCUAAACAGCAUGUCUUACCGCACAGGUCAGACUUUCAAGAUUCAAAUCUUGGCUCCAACAUUCUGGUGUGGAGUUUACAUGUUUUGCCCAUGCCAGCGUUUUUUGUUUUUUUUUUUUUUGGAGGGGCGGGGGUCCUGAAUGCUCCGGCUUCCUACCCCAUACAAAAAAAAACAAAAAAAUGUGCAAUUAGGUUCCUAGAAGACUCUCUGCUGUGAAUUUACCAUUCAGCUCCUUGUCAGUGAAGAACCAGUUGGGCAAAAAUUCCUGAAAUGGUGACAAGAUCAACAAAUUCAGAAGUUUUGAUUUAGUUGAAACGUUAUAGUGCAGAUUAGAUGGAACUAGGAUAUACGGAAUGAAGUGUCCAGUGAGUGUAUGUGCAGUAUAUAGAUUAUGUCAGCAUGUUGUGUUGCUUUAUUACAUUAAGUGUUCCUCUGAGGAUGUCUAGGUGGAUCUUUCUUCUGACCGACGUCACAUGAUGAGUGCAUUGUUUUUACAUAACAAUAAUAGCGCACGCACUGACUUCAUGCGGCCGGCGUAAAUCAGGCGUGGUCUCCGGCUAAUGACAGAUAACCUCGGCGAUCUCCAGCACACGUCCCAAACUGAGCUCUCUACUCAUUUGGAAGUGAUCUGAGGCUUGAGGUAUGGCUAAAUAAAGGCAGCCGGCCACCAAGCAUAUGUGAGCUUUGGUCCCACUUAGGAGGCAGGAAACAACCGCGCUUCAAAAGUCAGAUUUUCUUUGCAGGGAUAACUUGCUGGAAAAGCUUCCACAAGGUGAACAUUCCUUCUUCCCAUCCUGCUGUCAAUGUCAUCUCAGGCCCGCGUGGCUUCACUGCUUGUCUGGGCUUGCAGUAAGCAUAGGCCCUCCCCGUCAUAUCGCCCCCGCCUCAUGCGCUACCUUGUGCUUGGUUAAGCCCCAUCUUGGACCUCUCACCCUCUAUUUUAAGAACCCCGGAGGGUGUUUUUUUUCCUGCUUGGAGCCCAGCUAUGCGGACCCAAAGAGGUGGUGUCACCGCGGAGGAUCAUCAUCAACAUUCAGGUCAUCCCAUUAGCUCCGACACACUCCUUAUUUUGGCCACGCAGUCAGGGAUGCCCCGGCAUCACCUCUUGGAUUCAGCGAAUCAUUUGAGAUGCGUCAUGCUUGCGUCUGUCUUCUCAAGUCCAGAAUUACAGAGUACAGUAAUAUAGAUGUAUCUCCUAUGUAAAAGGCAUAAAGUCGUAACAUUCUGCGAAUACAAUAAUCAUUUAAUAUUAGGAUAAAAGUCCCACCGCCUCUCAAUCAACUCCCAAGUGUUUUUUGUUUGUUUAUUUUUCUAACACAUUCAAAGAUGAGCUUUGGGUAUUGUGUUAACAUCUUUGGUUAUUGUGACAUCCACCGUUUUAAACUCUAUUCUUUUCCCCAGAAACUGCAACUUUCUCCUGGUGGUAACAGUCUUUUGUAAGAGUACAAAUGUAUUAGAUUUUUUUUUAUUUUAUUUUUCUUGUUAUAAUAAAAAAUAUAAAU